AUGGCCACAGCUUCGGAACGAACAAUUGAAAACCAAAAUACCAAAACAGCUCACCUCGCUGCAAGAACACAAGAAUACAAAAAUGUCAUCAAAUCAUUGAAGGCAAAAAUCUCUCGACGAGAUACUACAAUUAAGAAUUUCGAAGAAUUAAUUGAAGAAAAAGAUCAAAAACAUUAUUUGGUAGAACUUCUCUCGAUUGCGCUAGAGGAAGGAAAGUUACAUGAAACCCAGUUCUUUUAUCAAUUAUUAGAAAAUACUUUGCAAAAUUUGGUUUCGUCGAAAAAUGUUAACAGUUUUCGAUACAAAGAGUGUAUCAUUCAUUGGUGUUUAUUACUUCGAUUUUAUGGUGGCUCUCUUUUGUGGAAUAUUUUGAAAGGAAAUUCUCCCGGUGAAACUAUAACAUCUGAAAACGCAUUGGAUAAGCUUAAUCUAUUACUUCCAUCUAUCUCAACAAUUAAGAGCUAUCUUCCAGACUUGUCUUUUGGUAACCUUGUCGACAGUGAUUUGAAAGAUAUUGUUAAAGCCAUGGCAUUGAAUAAUAUUAGUAAUAAGAUCAUAAUUUCAUAUGAUGAAAUAGAGAUUAGAGGAGGGUUAUGUGUGAUGAAAAGCACUGGAAAAGUGAUUGGAUUUACUAAAGUUUUAAAAUCAAUCAGCUGA